AUGGACGACCCACUCGGCACUCCCUCAUUGCCCGCGUGGCCUGCGACACCGCACACUCCCAACUCACCAGGUCCUCAGCCCACGUUACCGUUACCCCGUCCUGCGUCUCCGUUGCCCCCAAGUCAGAUCGUGGGUGGCCCACCAAAAGAGCCUCAGAUAUACGGUCAACCGACACCAGGUCUUCUUUCCCCCCAGCUCAAUACUACUGCCAAUGGAUCUAAACUAGAACGCGAAGGGCAGUAUCUACGCGUUAGGAUCACGGGUCUCGAUAGGAAUCGAAGAGAUAUUAUUGCUAGAAUCGAUGCCCAGACGAAUCUACCUAAUUUUACUGGCUCAACCUACCGUAAUAUAUCCCGCUCUUAUGCAGAAUUUCAGAGAUUUGCAGAGCAGAUUGCCUACUGCACCCCACAAACCAUUGUCCCUGCUCUCCCAUUACCACAGACUUCGGCACCCUCAGAUGAAGAAGACGACCGCCUUGUCAAGGUCGCACUCCAACGCUGGUUUACGCGCGUAUGCGAAGACCAGGUCUUGAUGCGCGAGGACGAAGUGAGGUCGUUUAUCGAGAGUGACUUUGGCUACCAACCCACUCCCCGUCCACGUCGUCGCACAGGCUCAGGGUUCAGCCUCAUGAAACGCAGCGUGCCGGAUGAGGACGAAGACUUGAUGAGUGCCCGACUCGAACUCACACGGCUCGAAGUCCAGUUUUUCGAUGCCGCAAAGGCCAUAGAUCGGUUAAGCAAAGCGAGAAAAACUCUUUCGGCAGCUCAUGCGGAAAUGGGUAAUAAACUCAUAAACGUAGCAACGACCGAGGCACAUCCGCCCCUCGGACAAGCCCUUCGCAAGCUUGGACGCGCGUGGCACUCGAUAGGAGACGUCGAUCAGGCGCAGUCUCUAAGCGAAUGCGUUAUAGUCGGAGAUGCACUAGGGUACCAGGGCCUGAAUGCCAAAUCUGCCAAGGAAACGCUAGCUCAAAGGACGCAAGUUCUUGAAGACUAUCAGUCUGCCGUCAAAGCCACAAUCGCCAAACGGCGUCAAAUUGAAAGACUCAAGCAGAGCAGUAACAUUCGCCCUGAAAAAGUCGACGAGGCUUUAGAAGACCUGGAAGAAGCCAACAAGGUUGAACAACUCUUUCAACGCCGUGUCGAAGGUAUUUCCGAAAACCUGCAUAACGCACUCCGGGUGCAUGCCCGUCAUGCACACGAAGACAUCGCAAGCAUGUUGAUCGAGCACGCGCGAGCGAGUGUACAUUAUGAGAAAGCUAGGUUGAAAGAACUAGAGGCUUUGAAAGGAGACGUAGAGCGAGCCAACGGCCCGGCCGUUCACGGGAACGGAAGGACACCUCUUACCGGCGAAUCGCGAGUUCCGAUAACUGGCCCUGCAGGUGGUGCUACACCUAUAAGGGGACCACUUAUCCAGCCCCCACUAACGAGCUCGGCACCUUCCUCUGGCCCACCGUCUCCUCACGUCGUACGGCCCCCCAUCGUAUCCGGACCUCCCAUUCCUCAAGGUACACCUGGACCUGGACCUCAGCCAGCUCAGGCCCAAGCCCCAGCAGGCCCUUCCAUCCCAACCCCGGCGGCACCUUCGCUGGACCCACUGGGAGUCCCACCGAGACCUCAAUCAGCCGCUUCCUCAAUACCAGGCACACCCAAUCCACUUCACACACCCGCCCAACCCCAUCCGCUUGCCAAAUCGAUGUAUGCUCAAUCAACGCAUCGCAAGUUGGAUGCCAGAGAGGCGGCUGCCAAAUUGGCUAAUAUGUUUUAA